AUGUCAAGCAUCGCUUCUAAAGUCGCCGCCAUACGCAGAUUUUUUAGAGAAAUUGCUGAAGAUGGGAGGGAGCUAUUAUUCGACCAUGGAGUGCCAUGUUUCUCGUUGAAUGCUAGCAACUCUGAGGUGCAGAGCCUAGUCAACAAUUGGAAAUCAAGAGGGUUUGUGGCUGAGUGGAAAGAGAAGUUCGAUUCAUUUGAUUGCGGUGCCAAAAAAUUCCUCAAAAUUGAAGAGAAAGGAGUAAACAAGAAAUAUGUAGGUGUUCCUGGGAUGAAUUCUAUCUGCAGAGCAUUGUGCCACGAGGCUAGGGUGGAAAGUAAGUUUGGGCUAAGUAUUAGGAGGUUGGAGUGGCUUGAUGAUGAUGAUUCAUGGUCCUUGAUGGGUUUAGAUGCACAAGAACUUGAUCUGAACAUGGUUUCAGAAGUGGCCUUGAAGUUGAAAGAAAUUCUAGUUAUUUCGUGCUUCGCUCUUAUGUUGGCAUUUGAACAUCCUUUGUCAUCGGAACAAGACACUGAAGCAGGACCAGGUGUAGCUGCGUGCUGUGAUAGAAUCUGCUUUAAUUUCUCUGGUUAUCCAGUGUUGUAUUCGUGCACCUUGGGCUGA